GGAAAAACGGCGGGAAAACUCUUUAAACUUAGGUUAUACAAAUUUUACUUUAGAGAAAUUUGAAUAUAUUUGCUUCAAUUUUUGAAAUUUUCUCUGCCUAGUGAAACACUUUCAUCACUUCCCUGAUUUAAAAUUUAAAUAGGGUAAACAUGGAUACAACCGCAGGAAGGAGAAAAAUCAGGAAAAUCGAAAAAGAUCCUGAAGGUGACUUUUAUCCCCAUGAUGUAAAUAUGUACAUUGAACCCCCAGCAACUAUUGUUCAAUUAGCAGAAUUUGAAGAAUUAGCUUUAGAAAGGCUCCAACUUCUCAGAGUAAUAGAGCAGGCAUCAUUGAAGGGUUCUAAACCAUAUAGCGAAGAAUGGAAAAAGACUAUCAAAGAGGAUUUGUCAAAAAUUGGUUUGAAAAAGUAUAUUAGGUUGAUGAGUGGAUAUAAUGGGACUAAUGACCAAGAUAAUCAAGCAAGACGAGCUGAUCAUAUAUCACACUUCAUCUUAAGACUUGCCUACUGUCGAUCAGAGGAUCUGAGGAGAUGGUUUAUCAGCAAAGAAAUGGAUUGGUUCAAAAUUAAAUUCCUUGCACAGACCCCUCAAGGGGUUAUGGAUUUUUUGAAAGUCAACAAUUUAACAUAUAGGCCUAUCUCUGAAGAGGAGAAGAGUUUGAAAAAGAAUGAACUUGUCACAUCCACACCAGGUGUUACAGAUGUAUCUGUAGAUGCAACAGAUUUUUACAAAGUCCCUUUUACUGAUGUCUUAUUAUUAGUUAAAAAUAGGAGGGUUCAUGUAACAAAAGGAUAUGCUUAUAUUCCUACACAAGACCUUGUGGUUUGCAUCCAAACAAAAUUCAGGGCCAAACUCAGCGAAGCAUUGAAUGUGAGUAAAACUAUCUACAACCACAGGCUACCAUACCUAGAUGACGAAAGAAUCAACUCCUUGCUUUCUAACUUGCACAAUAUGUACACUGGAAAGUCUUAUGUGAUAGAUGAAAAUGAUACUGAACAUAUUGAUCCUGCACACUUAGAUGCUUACGCAAAGAAGCAAUUCCCUUUGUGUAUGAGGCACUUACACGAGGUACUGAGGACUCAGCAUCACUUAAAACACAAGGGACGACUUACAUAUGGAUUGUUUUUGAAAGGAAUAGGUCUGUCUUACGAAGACGCAAUGGAUUUUUGGCGUCAAGAAUUCACGAAAAAGUUGGACUCGGACAAAUUCGAGAAACAAUAUGCCUACAAUAUCAAACAUACAUAUGGCAAAGUAGGCAACAUGACGAAUUACUCACCUUACAGCUGCGUCAAAAUCAUCACAGACUCUGUGGGGCCUGGGGAACACCAUGGAUGUCCUUUCAAACAUUGGGAUGCUUCAGUGGUUAAACAGAAAUUAGUGGAGCACGGGAUAGGCGCAGAAGGUGUUACUUCUGUCAUGGAUUUGGUCACAAAUGGGCAUUACCAGAUUGCUUGUACCAAAUACUUUGAAUAUGUCCAUGGUCAAGCACCUUCAACAACUAUAAACCAUCCUAAUCAGUACUUCCAAGAAAGCAUUAAUUUAGCCAAAGAAAAGUCAUCUAGGAAGAACUAACAGUUUUUUUUGUUUUUAUUAAUUUUUAUAUUUAAUAUUUUCAAUGUUAAUGGUUUUACUAUUUAUAGGAUACGUAAUCGUAGUUCUUUUACAAAAUCGUGAUAUGCGUUAUUUUAUAAUAAAAACUAUUUUGAAUCAACA